GUCUGAUCGUGCUGGCCACCAUCACCCCUGAAUCAUCUCUGGACUCUGGCCACGAGACCAAUUCAUCCGAGCUGACAGACAUGUCGGAGAUGGUGUCCGCCAUGAAACAACGUCAGAACGCCACCUACUUCCUGGCCCAGCACAUCAACAAGGAGAGCCUCCUGGCCCGCAAGGACCUGCCUUUCCGGAUCCCAAGCUGCGCGACCCAGGCUGUCCUGACAGCCCCGUACCCUCUGGGGCGCCAAGAGGCUGGCCCUACGGUGGCGGCGGCGGCGGCGGCAGCAGCCCGCAAGGUGGCCCUCCCCGGCCAAGGCCCCGGCCCCAUGGGCAACAGGAGAAGAUUGGAGCCUGCUGAAGUGCAGACCCACCGAGAGCUCUCCCCGGCCCUGGCUGUGCACCCGGCACUGGCCUCGCAGCUCAGCAGUGAGCCACGGAGCCAGGGCUUGGUGCCCUGGGGAGCCGAAGGCAAGGAUCCCGAGCCCCCGAAGGCCGCCCUGGAGAUGUCUCUGAGGGCCACCCCCUCUGCUCUGAGUGGAGAGCAGGCCGCAGAGCUGAGGGAGAAGGUGCCCAAGGAAGUCAGGCUGAGUCCCAAGCUCAUCUUGGACUCCAAGGGCAGCGUGACUCCGGCCAUCCUCUCGGCAGCCUUGCAGCAAGCAGUCCAUAACAAGGCCCUGGCCUCUCCGGGGGCCGCUCUGGGAGAGAGGAAACAGGGGCCCAGCACAGGCAACAGCAGCAUCUGUAAGAGUCUCAAAAGCAAGGGGAGCCCCAGUCCUGCUGAGGUCACACUCGGCUAUCAGCAGCAGCCGCAGCAGCAGCAGCCGCAGCAGCCGCCACAGCCGCCGCCGCCGCCGCCGCCGCAGCAGCAGCAGCAGCAGCCACAGCAGCAGCGGGGUAGGGGGCAGUUCAGCCCAGAGGCCUCUCCCAGAGCCAAGGCCCCUUCUAGGAUCCAGGCUGACCCCUUGCGCCUCUCUCUCAUAGAGGAGGACAAGCUCUCUGCUCAGGGCUUCCCCGCCAAAAGCUACCUCCCAAGAAAGGUCCGGGAGCCCCUCGGGAAGCAGGUCAGUGGGGAGGUGGGGAGCAGGGGUGGGUCCGAGGGAGUCAGCUCAGCCUCUAGGAAGCAGGGCUUUGCCACGAGUCAAGGGGAGAGAGGGCAAACGGAAAGCAGCCGUCCGGAGGAUAGCGGCCGAGGCCCCCGAGCUGGCCACCCUGGCGCCUUCCAGAGCUCCGGUGGUCAGCCCAGAGGUCCGAGCUCAUUGGGGCUCUGGGCUGGUGGCCGGCAGGCAAACACGAUGCCCUCCAGGAAACCCGAGAAGGCUCUGGACGGGGCCCACUCCGACACGGACGGGCCGGCCAAGCCCAAGGCCUCGAAGGCGCCGUUCCGCCUGAGGAAUCUCUUCUCAGCCACCUUCCCAUCCUUGAUGAAGAAGGAGACUGACGAAUGGCAGGCCCAGCUACAGAAGGUAAAACAGUACGAGCUGGAAUUCCUGGAAGAGCUCCUGAAGCCCCAGAGCAAGGGGGACCUCCCUGCCCCGGAGUACCUGCAUCCCUCGGGCCCUGGCCGCUGUAGCUGCCAGCUGCGGAGCAGCCCCGUCCAGCAGGUGCCUGGCAUCUCCCGGGAGCAGCGCCGCAGCUGCGACUGUAAGCGGAUUUGCCGAGGAGGGAGACCCCAAGCAGCCCAGCUCCCCGCUCCUGAGCUGCUCCGGGGCAGAGAGAGAAACCGAGGCCUCCCCCUCCCGAAGCGCCCGGAGGCCCCCUCGGCUUUGAGUUUCAGCAGCCCCACCGAGAGCUGCCGAGUUCGGUCCACCAGCCUGGAAUCCCGGGAGUGCCGAUCAGAGCCUGAGAGUGGUGUGUCAUGCCUGGCCACCUGUGCUUCUAGGGGGGAGUGCAUGGCAGCCCCGCAUUAUAGGAAGCUCAUGCGCCGCUAUAGUGUUAGUGAGCUGGACAAGAGUGACCAGGCCUCUCUGACCUCUGACAUCUACCAGCACCCGCCCCUAGGGCUGCCGCCCAAAGAGGCAGAUGCUGGCUUUCCCCAGAGUGUGGGUCCCAAGGGCAAGCCCCAUGAGCCGAUGUCCCUGGGGGACCCCUCUUAUGUCCAAGUCACUCCCGAGGGCAAAGGCCCCAAAGCAACAGCCACAUUUUCCCUUCCAGAAGAGGUGUAUCCUGGCCCAGCUGAUCUGGAGGAGGAUGGCGAAGGCGACAAGUGCUGCUCCAUCCGCUACUGCUUCUAUUACCGCAAGUGUGACAUGGCCGACGACGGGAGUGACGGCAAGGAUGAGCUCUCCUACUCGAUCCCCAUGCAGUUCCUGCCGGGCAUGAAGCUGGACGAGCAGGUGGUGCCCGUGGUGAGCCACACCCUCCAGGUGUUGGAUGCCACCACCUGCGGCAGCAGCAGCCCCGAAGACAACCAGACCCAGGAGAUUGACCUGAGGAUCUCCACCUUUGAGGGGAGCCUGGCUAAGAUCAAUGCCCUGCAGGGCCACGUCUACGCCCUGCCCGAUGGCUUCCUGGCCGUGCAGCUGGACACCAAUGAGCUGUUGGCGGUCCUCCGGCAAUGUGUGGUGAACCCCGAGGUCCGGGGUCCCAAGCCCCACACCUCCCAGCUGUCCCAGUAUAAGCAGGAGCUGGCCCUCAAGUUCAAGGAGCUGCGGGCCUCCUGCCGCCGCGUGGCGGCAGUGGAUAAGAGCCCCACACACAUGCUGGCGGCCAUCACUGGCAGCUUCCAGGUGCUAAGCGGCCUCAUCGAGACCUUUGUGCGGCUGGUGUACAUCGUGCGCUCCGAGGCCCAACGUCAGGAGCUGCUGGUCAAGGUGGAAGAGGUCGUGAAGAACUACACCUUCCUGCUGCGGGCCGCCGAAGAGUCCACGGCCCGCACCCUGAACCAGCAACAGAUGGCGGCGGCGGCGGCCUUGGGGGCGACGGGACCAGCCCUGGAGCGCCCACCAUCGGCGACUGUUAUGAGCACAUUCACGCGCUCCUUGAAGACCCUGAUCAACAAGUAA